AUGCUGGUGGCUCUGAUCGUGGCUUUGGCCACGGCUGUUGGUGUACUAUCAGGAAGACAUGAAGGGGAUCCGGCUGUGCCUACAGCUCUGGUGCUGGCCUGUCCCGAGGACUGGGUCGGGUACCGCAAUGUCUGCUACUACCUCUCGAGGGAUGAGGGGAGCUGGGAUUGGAGCCAGGAGCAGUGCUCCUUGCGCGGGGCCUCACUGGUUGUGCUCAAGAGGGAGUGGGAGAUGGAGUUUCUGUCGCGCGUCAAGGGCAAUAUUGAUUACUGGCUUGGGCUGCAGGGACGGGGCGAGCGCCUGGAGUGGGUGGAUGGCAGCGACUUCAACCAGAUGUGA